AUGGACGACUCCUUUCCCAAGACAGACCAACUCGACCAGUUCCUGUACACUGGAACCGAUGGGUAUGUCGAAAACCUGACGAGAUAUAAACGCAACGGGCUACAUCCCAUCCUCCUUGGCGACAUCCUCCCCAAACCAGGAACCUGUGUAGGGAACCCGGAUGGAGAGCCGCGCUACCGUGUCCUGCUGAAACUCGGCUUCGGAGGGUUCGCUACCGUUUGGCUCGCUCGGGAUCUUGUCGACAGUCGAUAUGUCUCGGUCAAAGUUUGUGUUGGCUCGGACGUUCCAGAUCGGAGCAGCGAAGCGACGAUUCUGUCCGAGAUUCGCAACGACGGACAAGGAAAACCUGGCCAGGAAAGAAUUAUCCAGCUUCUUGACGUGUUUACUAUCCAGGGCCCGAACGGAUUCCACGAAUGUUUGGUGACGGAAGUCGUCUCUUCACUGAAUAAUUUAUAUGUCGUGGACCACUGCUCAUCAGACACCGUUUACCAAAUUUUAGAAGGGUUUGCUUUCCUCCAUGGACAAGGCAUAGCCCAUGGAGAUCCACAUCUCGCCAACUUUGGAAUUGCCCUCCCGCAGUUGGAGCAGUUUAGCGAGGACCAAAUCACCGAAUACUUUGCGAACCCUGAGGUUAUUCCCGUCGUCCCGCGCGAUGCGUCGUUCCCAUUGAGUUCUGUACCACCGUACGUGACUCCCUGCGUAUCGAUUGCAGAGUUUUUGAAGUUGAUGAAAUGCUUCCCGGUGGCGCCGACAAUGUCGAUUAAGAUUUUGGACUUUGGAAGAGCGCACAAGACGAGUGAGAAACUCGCAACUUUGCCGGGGGCAGUACCCAUAAUGGUUCGCCCCCCAGAGGUUGUACUGUACGACAGGUUCGAUGGCAGAGUCGGGUCUGCUUGGAGCAAAUCAGCGGAUAUAUGGGCCCUCGGAUGCACAAUAUACCAGAUCAUGUCCGGCGACGAGCUCAUCUGCACCCGGGGCUCACUCAACGACUAUCUCCUUCGGGCUGUUCGACUCGGCGGACCUCCACCAGAUACCUGGCCCGACAUUUCAAACGUUGAAAACGGGCAUGAAAAUGCAUUCCGACAAACAGGCUCCCAGGACUUCAACAGCCGAGAUGAGGCCUGGGAUAAAUGCGAGGCUAGAGGUAGUCGGCGUGACGGGAAAAUGCCCCUGUUUCUAGACUUGGUCAAGAAGAUGGUUGUGACGAAUCCGGACGAACGGGGUCUUGCGACAAAGCUAUUGAGGCAUAAUUUUUUUCGCAGCCGCACACCUGACGUGAUCGAGCCUCUUGAGCGACAACAACCCGGAUCACGGAGUCAAGAAGAGGCCAUGGAAGCCACUACGCUGCUCGCAUUGCCCCUGGAGCUGCGCCGAUGCAUCAUUCUAGAGAUCUUGAAGCACCGUCAUCGCAAAGCGCCCAUCCUAUCGAACCAUGUUGUGGAGAACCGGGUGCGAAUCCGGAAUCGCUUUGACGACAACUACCCGAUAGAGACCAACAUCUACCUUCGGCAGGAUACGCUAGAACUGAUCGAGGACACGCUUAAGAGGGGCAAGGUGGAAAUUCCGUUUGUGUUGGACGUGAUGGUGGUCAAAGAUGUCGGAUUGCUGCCCACGUGGAUGAGCUGCCCGUACCGACCGGAGCACAUCGGAGAGAUGAAGAUCAAUUUGCGCAUUUUCAGGCCAAACAAGGACGUCGUGCCUUCAGAAUGGAUCCCCGCCGCGCAGUAUGAGGAUUGCCCAAGGCAACAUGGGAUCAACAUUGAUCAGUGGACCGUAAUGGUCGUGAUACUAUUUUACGCCAUGGGAAGAUUCUCAGGCUCGCCAAAGGACACAAUCAAGGCCGGGCCGCCUUCGUUACCAGAAGAGGGCUUGAACAAGCUAAGCCUAGAGGAACAGCCUGAAGCGGUUGAUGCGUAUAUAUCUGCAAAGGCGCCUUACAUCGUCGACGAGAUGCUCAUCGACGUCAAACACUUUGAACGUUUCGCUGAGGGCAAGGUCAUUCGUGGAUUUGUAGCAGACGCACCCAAGUCAAGUCCCUACUAUAGAGAGGGCUAUUACAACUUUGGGCGUCGAAUCUUUGAUGAGUAUUAUGGAUGUGGACCAAGGUUUGAAACAAACGACUACAUAGAACGUCACACCAAGUCAGGAAGAAUGUCUGAUAUACAGCUGUCUUGCUCCAUCGACUAUUGGGCCAGUUACCUCCGGGACAACUGCUCCGAGGACUCGGCCCUGUUCAACCAGUCGCCCAUCCGGAUCUACCUCGACGCCAUGGCCAGAAACAUACGUACAGUUCGACGGCGGGGGGUGAGAGACGAGUUUUUUGUCAUGGCCGGCGGCACGAAUGAGAUAGAUGGGCCGUGGGCGGCUGACAGCUCGUGGGAGACGAUCUUUUGCCUCCCAUUUGAAGCGGAUGACGUUGUGACGGCGUUCAAAAUAGAGAAGAAGAAGAAGUACCAGGACGAGAAUGUGCUGCACUAUUUCAGGCUGGCAAAGAGGCGAAUGGAUCUGGGUGCAACCAAGCAACAAUACGGAGAGCUCUUGGGACAUUCCUUUUCUUCGCAGCCGCACACUGCAUCCCGAUCGACAAACUCGAUCUCGUCAUCUUCAACCACUGUGACUCUUGAAUCAUGCCAUGUUUUUUAUUCUGAAUCCAUGGAGGCUUGGCUGAAGCAUUCGGGGGCUGUAGGUGUGGACGCCAUAGAGGUUGCUGAUUUUCCCGUCACAGGGCGCGGUGUCAAAGCACUGCGUAGCUUCAAAAAGGGAGAACGCAUCCUUACCAUCCCAUCUGCUUGCCUGUGGACGGCGGAGGCGGCGCGCGCCGAUCCGCUCCUUGGCCCGGUUCUUCGCUCUGCGCAGCCGCCCUUGUCGGUCGAAGAUACGUUGGCCAUCCAUCUCCUCUUUGUCAAGUCGCGAACAGCAGGCUAUGAGGGCCAGCGACUUCAUAUAGCGGCGAUGCCGCAGCGCCACUCGGCAAGCAUCUUCUUUGCAGAGGACGAGCUGCAAGUCUGCGAGGGAUCGUCGCUGCACACACUCACCACGCAGCUGGAACAGCGUGUGCAGGACGACUUCAGGCAGCUGCUUGUGCAGUUGCUGAGCCAGCAUCGUGAUCUCUUCCCGCUGGACCAAUUUACGAUAGAAGACUACAAAUGGGCUCUUUGCACAAUAUGGAGUCGUGCAAUGGACUUUGCAGUCUCAGAUACGACUUCAGUUCGGCUCGUGGCACCUCUGGCAGACAUGUUGAACCAUUCUCUCGACGUAAAGCAGUGCCAUGCUUACGAUCCAACGUCCGGAGACCUCUCCAUCCUUGCCGCGAAGGACUACCAAGUCGGAGAUCAGAUAUUCAUUUAUUACGGAAGCGUGCCGAACAAUCGGCUUUUGCGUCUUUACGGCUUUGUCCUGCUGGACAACCCCAACGACAGCUACGACCUCGUGCUCCAGACGAGCCCAAUGGCCCCCCUCUACGAGCAGAAGGAAAGACUCUGGGCGCUGGCAGGGCUCGACUCAACCUGCACCAUCCCCCUCACCGCGAAGCAUCCGCUUCCGAAGAACGUGCUUCGUUACCUCCGAACCCAGCGGCUGGACGCAGCCGACGUCGCAGAUAUGACGCUGCAGCUGCUGAAUGGCACCGACGGCAAGGUCAAUGACGGCAACGAGAUACAGGUGUUGCAGUUCUUGAUCGAUUCGCUCGGCAGCGUUCUGGAAGGCUUCGGCAUCCCGCUGGAAAAGCUCGAGGCACAGCUCGCGGGUGGCUUCUACCCCGCGGGGGGCAACGCUUGGGCCGCGGCACAGGUUAGCGCGGGCGAGCAGGGUAUCUUGACACGGGCCAAGAAGACGGCCGAAGAUAUGCUUGCAGCCGUUACUCGUCCGCUGGCGACGCAGUGCGCCAACUGCGGAAACGGGUCUGGCGCGUUGAUGUCGUGCGGCAGAUGCAAGGCUGUCAAGUACUGCAAGAGAGAGUGUCAGAUUGCGCACUUCAAAAACCACAAGGCCACAGGUGCGUGGGGCACGGCCAGCCUCAAACCGCCGAGUCGUGACGAUGCUCCCCCUCCACAAACAAAAAUAUCCAGUCAUUUGUGCAGAGAGACCAUCCCUCCCCUUCCCCCCGUUGCCGUGACUCCGCCAUUCUUUCUCGAGUAUUACAAGUCCAUUACGAUGCCACCCAAAACGCGACAACACGUCUACGACAGAGUCGCCGCUGCCACCGCUAUCGCUCGCACCACCACCACCCCCCGCUGCACAAUGCAAACAACGUCCGCCAACACCAGCCAUAACCAAGCAGCCCAGCCUACACCCGGACAAAAGCCCCAGGCAAAUGAUGCGCUCUCACAUAACAUGGGGGAGAUGCUUGUUUGUCGCAUUCAUCCUCUCUGCGGAACUGAUGCCCACCGCAUCACCGCCGAGGAGCUGCGACGCGACUGGGACAUUGUGGUUCAGAAACUCGAUCUGCGCACCGGACAGGCGGAACACGGGCAGGCCUUCAUCCAACCUAUCCCGCCCGACGAGAUCCGCCGCUGGCUUGAUGAGCUCCGUCCGUGGGAUGCGGAUUGCGCAGAACCCCAUGACUUUGACCUGCCAGACUCGUACGAUCCGUACUAUGAUCCCCGCGUCGGCGAGUCCGUUUCGUUUGGCAUUCGGCGCGUGGCCUAUAACUAUAUUGGCAAACAAACUGGCUCCCCUGCAAGCAAGUCCCACGCUCUUCCUUACCUGAAAAGGCCUUGCGUCUCGACCCCUACGCUUGCUAACCUUGGUAUGAAUAGCCCUGGGGUGAAGCACCUCUCGUCUUCCAACUCCAAUAUUCACCAUUGGGAUGUUACGCAAAUGUUCCACCAGUGUGAUCCCGCCACGAUCCGAAAACACCGUCUGCAUUCCGCAAUCCCCCCCAGCAGUGAGCUCCCGCAUCUAAGUUGCUUCCUACACGAUGAUGAGAUACUCGAAAGCGACGGGGGGCUGUCCACCGCCGAACUCAUUACCAUCAUGGUCUGCGCAUUGCGGCAGGCGACGAAUCCCAUGUAUACCCAUGCUUCGGUUAUUCCAAUUGUCGUCUUCUCUUGCUCCGGCCGCCAGGUCCGUAUUGUGCAGGGCUGUAUCGACUUUCGCCACUAUCAGUUCGACGUCCGCUGCUCUGACAUUCUCGACUUCAACGAGGGAGGCAUGCGCCGUACCAAAGAGAACGAGCAGCGCUUCUACACCUUCCUCGGCUGGAUCCUCGGCAACCCCGUCGGGAACAUCAAGGAGCCGCAGCACCCCGGCAGCAGACGCUAG